AUGAUUGCUCUGCAGGAGACCAAGUGCAGAAGGAGCGACGUACGACAGAUGAAUGACGGUACACUCGUCAUUCGUGGAGAGAAGGUUCCGUCGCGAAAUGUAGGCGGUGUUGGUUUUGUUGUGCACCCAUCUGUCGUCCAUCUUAUCAAAUCUCACGAGAUCCUGUCACCUCGUCUGGCCAUUCUUCGCCUCCGCCCUCUGCGCUAA